AACAACAUGCAAAACGAAGCGCCGAAGAACAACUUCAUUACCAGUAUCUGAAAAGGCUUGAGCGGCUUCCUGGUCCAAGUGAACUGGGGAAAACUUAUACUCAAUCGGGCAGAGAUCCUCUGUUCCUGAAUCAUUGGCCAUCAUCAGCUGAGGGGAUUCCAACUGAACUUCUGCACCCCGUGUUUGGACAGUUUCUGGAUGAUUGCACAUCUGCUCAACCGACCAUGGAUGAUGUCCAGUUUGCCAUUUCAGUCAGCACCUCAAUGCUUGGGUAUUAUAACUCUGAAGGGGAACGCGCAGACUGCUUGCAGAAUUUAUUUGCAGAUCACUAUGACAUUGGCCUCAAUGGCUCCACAAUACGUAAUGCAAUUACUGAUGCCACCUGGUAUCCAGACUCAAAGAGCAACUUCAUGGCAAUAAACAUCAAAGUAAAGAAUGAGCCAGGAUGCAAUGGCGACACUUUUAUUCAGAAUAUUGGUUACUACCAGCAAUACAUCCUUAACCACAAACUCAGAGAAACAACUAGACUCCCUUGCUUCCUUAUUUCUGUAGUUGGAACAACCCUCAGCAUCUCAAGCAUCAUCUUCAGAGCAAGGAUCACCACUGAUGCACACCCCAACACACUCUCCUUUGCCUGCUCUUUGUAUAAUGCUGAGUAUUUUGCUCACAUCUUUGGAGCUCUUAAGAAUGCCAUUGAGAUGCUGCGAGAAUAUUACAUGAAAAAUAUCCCAAAAUAUUGCAAGGCUCUGGAUUCACAUCUUAAUCCCCUUAUAUUUAUUGUUGACAUUGAUGAUGUUAAAGAUGCACCAGGACUCCCUCAGCAGCUUCUUGUCAAAUUCACCCACCAUUAUGGCAUAGAAGCUCACAGGGAUUGUGCAAGGCUAGGAAUUGCUCCUGAGCUUUUUGGUUUUGAGGAUCUUGCAGGUGGCUGGAAAGCUGUCGUGAUGGCCUACAAGGGUGAUGACUUUAAGACACUAUUUGAAUGUACAUUUGAUGAAAAGAUCAAGACAGCAGUAAAGGUGGCAGCAGCAGCGAUGCAUGGAAAAGGAUUUGUCCAUGGUGAUCUCUGUGAUGUGAACAUUCUGUAUUGCUGCCAGCAAACCCAUGAUAGAGUGGAUAUUCUUUUCAUUGACUGGGAUUGGGCUGGCAAAGCAGGAGAAGCUAAGUACCCUCCAACUAUGAACCCCAAAAUUAAUCGACACCAGAAUGCAGUGGCCCAUCAACCCAUAUGGAAAGAGCAUGAUGAUUACAUGCUAGAUAUCAUGUUCCAAAUCCAGCAACUGAAUGUUUGA